AUGGCUGGUCAAUUCUCAUUCUCAUUCUCCGGCGAAGACAUAGAAGCUGAUGACCAAAUCGACACCAAGGUUGAUGACCACCCUGGCCCGGAGCCAUCAGCGUCGACAAGUGCAUUUCCUGUGGCUGGAAAACCUCUCCUCCCUGCAACGAGUCACGAUGUGAGGGAAAUGCUCCUUAAGCUGCCGUCCAAGAUCGCCUUCAGCCUUCUGGAUGUUGACCUUGACGGCAGGGGAAACAUACAGCUACCUCGUCGUGAACUGUGGGACGUCCGUGUCCAGCUCAUGGCGGAAGAGGACGAGGGUGAAACGGAGGAGGUUCUGGGAAACCAUGAUGUCAAGACUGGUGUCUAUGAAGGGGGCUUCAAAUCCUGGGAGAGUAGCGUGGAUCUUGUUAAAGUCCUCGCAUCCUCGCAGCCAUUUGCGCCAGGCGCAAACAAGCUAUCAAAGAUUGUCGAGCUGGGGUGUGGCACCGCCUUGCCCUCCUUAGCACUUUUCCAAUGGGCUAUGUCUUCGACAAUUUCUUCGGUUUCUUAUAUCCUUGCCGACUACAACCCGACUGUUCUACAGCUGGUUACAUUGCCUAACUUUAUAUUAGCCUGGGCUAUCCACCACCGCGAAGGACUGCCAAUAUUGAGUGAAGCGUUUUCUGCAGAAGGCGAGCUUGAUUUGACUCUGGAGAUCUUGGAAGCGUUCCAAGAAUUCCUCGUAACCCGUGACAUCUCCCUACUCUUCUUCUCCGGCGCAUGGUCUCCUGAAUUUGUCACUCUACUUAACGACGCUCCGAACCCUACUGGUAGUUCAGGUACAGAAAAUGCCACAGUGAUUAUGGGCGCGGAGACAAUCUACUCGCCGUUCGCUUUGAAUUCUUUUCUUCAGACCAUCCUCACUCUCCUGCAGGACGAGAAAGCGCACGGCCGCGUGGCUCAAGUCCUCGUUGGGGCGAAAAGACUUUACUUCGGCGUAGGUGGUUCCCUGGACGACUUCGUUGUUCAAGCCCGGGAGCGAGGGACUGUUGUUGAGCAAUUACGGGAAGAAACAGAGGGCGUUCGAAGAGGUGUUGUUCGCUGCAUCCUACCCUAAGCAGGAAUAUGAGGGACCUGCUAUCAAGGAUCCCCUGCCUAGGUGAUUGGGAUGAUGGGAUUUUCACAUCGGCUCGUUUGGUGUCUUGCUUGGCCACAUCCAGCUCUUGAUAUGGCAAGUCAAGGACACUUUUCAUCCUAUCAAUGAUCGAUAGCACGAUGUGCCCGGUAAUCAUGCCAGCUUGCUUAGCGGGUGCUACGAUGUGAUUUCUACCAUGAUUCACGGUCAACAGAAUGCGCUGCCAAAUUCAUACACCUGUACAUCCACCAAGCUCUUGACGGAAACACCGCGUCACUAGAAUUUACCGAUCAACCUAGGUGAAUUAAUUCUCGGGUCAUUUUCCUUCCAGCUCGCCAAAUAAACAUAAACAUCACGAUGGCAAGAGAGACAAGGUCUCGUCUUGGUUGUGAAACCUGUCGCGCGAUCGGAAAGAUUUUCUCGGGAUUUAACGACGAGCUCGGAGAUGGCAAAUGAGCGAACUCUAAGGCAUGUUUGUGCCAUGUACUUUAUAUCAACGGCAAGAGCUCUCGGCUGAAGUUAUGAUCGCCUUUAUCAGGACACUCCAUACCUACAUGUAACGUCUUAGCCAUACCUACCUACUUACAUCAAGUGUAUACACUUUAACGCCAUAUUGUAGGUGUGUUUACACGUUGAAGCGACCAAUCAAUCACUUCGUGCACCCUCGGACCUGAAAUGACGUGCGUUCAAGCGGGAUCGGGACGGCUUGACGACUCUGCAA